GCCCUAGCCCCUGGCUCGCCGGCGCCUUCCCUAGGAGCCCAUCCAAGCGCGACCCAGACUCGUCCCUCGCCUGGGACCUCAGUCCUUCUCGCUGGAGCGUCUCCGGCGGCCCCGACGGUUCUCUGUCUCCCUGCUCCCGAAGCCUGGGACCGCAGUCCUCACUUCGCACCAGAUGCGGUCCAUGCCCCGGUUUCCUCUCACUUUCCCACCGGGCAUCCUACCACCCUGGACAUCAUCUCCGACCCUGGGUUCUUCCCUCGCCCUCGGACCCUGAGGUCCUCACCUCCAAUGCCUCCUGAGCCCCCGCCACCCUUCACUGCGGCGCGUUGACCCUGAGGAUGCUGAUGCAGCUCCCAGCCCUGAGCCUCCGAGCGGGUCCCCUCACUUGCCCCUUCUCGGUUCCUCCUUCCGAGGUCUCCUCGGUGUCGCUGUGCCAAAGGGUGGGCUAAGCACGGUUUAUGAUGUUAUCUCAGUUGUCCAAGGUUGGGGACCAAAAGAGAAAAGAUUACCGGCGUGGGCAGAGCUGGCCUCCGAGACAGAAUCCUAACAGUCCGGCCCAGCCUGUCCCUGCACCCCAGCCCAGUCGUGCCUCGGCUCAGCGGAGAUCCUGCCCUUCCACCCCGCAGAUCCUGAUUGGGCCUCUUACAAGCUGGGGAUUUUCAUCUGUCUUCACUGCUCUGGCGUCCACCGCAACUUCCCAGACGUCAGCAAAGUUAAAUCCGUGCGACUGGACUUCUGGGACGACAGUUUGGUGGAGGGUCUCUCUACAUAGCCCUAGUUGCCUUGGAAUUCACUAUGCAGAACAGGCUGUCCUCGAACUCACAGAAACCCACCUGUCUCUGCUGGGAAGGAAGUUCAUGACCCACAAUGGGAAUCUCAAUGCGAAAGCCAAAUUUGAAGCCAGAGUCCCAGCUUUCUACUAUGUCCCUCAGGCCAGCGACUGCUUGGUUUUAAAGGAGCAAUGGAUUCGAGCUAAAUACGAAAGACAGGAAUUUAUAGCUGACGAGAAAGCUGUCUCAGCCCCAGGUGACAGAGAAGGGUUCCUGUGGAAGCGGGGGCGCGACAAUGCUCAGUUCCUGAGAAGGAGGUUUGUCCUUCUGGCAAGAGAAGGCCUCCUGAAGUACUACACGAAAGAGGAGGGUAAAGCCCCCAAAGCUGUCAUCAACAUCAAGGACUUGAAUGCCACCUUCCAGACAGAGAAGAUAGGACAUCCCCACGGUCUGCAGAUCACCUACAGGAAAGAGGACCACACCAGGAAUCUCUUUGUGUAUCACGACAGUGGGAAGGAGAUAGUGGAUUGGUUCAACGCUCUCCGUGCGGCCCGCCUGCAAUACCUAAAACUGGCCUUUCCUGAUCUCCCGGAAUCUGAGCUCGUGCCUCUCAUCACCAGGAACUACCUCAAACAAGGCUUCAUGGAGAAGACCGGUCCAAAGCACAGAGAACCCUUCAAGAAAAGAUGGUUUGCUCUGGAUCCCUUGGAGAGGAGGCUACUGUAUUAUAAGAACCCUCUGGAUGCUUUCGAGCAGGGCCAGGUUUUCCUGGGAAGCAAUGAGCAGGGGUAUGAGGUAUGCGAAGACCUGCCCAGGGGCAUCCGAGGGAAUCGCUGGAAGGUUGGACUCUCUGUCAUCACUCCAGAGCGGAAGUUCAUCUUCACCUGCCCCAGUGAGAAGGAACAGCGGGAAUGGCUGGAGAGUCUGCAGGAUGUCCUGUCCAGUCCCCUGUCGCCCCUCCACCUCCUCACUGCAUCAGCAGAGAGUGGCUGUGGCCUCAGGUGACCCAUCUCAGAAGAGUUGGCUGGCCACCGAGCACCUGAAAUCCCCGAGAAGUGUUCACCUCUGCCCUGGUUGUCCAGAAGGAAGCCCCGAGACCAGCAGCAGCUGCCCCGUCUGUGAACUCUGUCAAGAUGGAGGGUGUGGUUUAUCUUGUGGCUCCCAGGAUCCUUCCAGAAAACAUUUCGCAGUCUGGGGAGCUGGUACUGAGAAGAAUGUAGCUCUCCAAGCUUAGAAGACCUGAAGGCUUUCUCAUAUUUGCACCGAGAGCUGGGUGCAGUGAUGCAUGCCUGUGGAGAGGCAGGAGUGCCGUGAGUUUGGUGCCAGCCUGGACCAUACAGGGAGUUCAAGUGCAACCUGAGCUACAUAGCAAGACCUUGUUUCGAAAAACAAAAACAAAAACAAGUGAACAGAAACAAAAUCUACAGAGAGGUAGAGACAUUGCAAUACAAAAAGCACCCUCAGCAUCAAGAUUGUGCAAGUAGGAAAAAAAAUGUAAAUCUGAACCCAACUACAAAGAAAUAAUAAGAUAUUUUAAUAUUACUUA